UCAUUCCGCUAAUUUUGACAGUUUGCAAUUUUCAAACAAUUUAUUUAGUCUGCUUUUGCAAAAUAAAGAGAAAAUUGUGGAAAAUACAGUGAAAAGUGUUGAAAAAUCAAUGAGAAAUGUUUGGUAAGAAGAAACCAAGUGGUGCACAGGGGAAGGAACGGCGUGAUCUAUCUCAGUAUGGACUCUUUGAUAUUCCGGAUGAUCUAGGUGCAGGGGAUGUAGAUACUUUAGCCUUCAGUGGCGAUGAAAGUGACCUCGAAGCUGAAUUAGCUGCCAUAACAGGUGGAGGUGCGAAGAAGAAGCAAAAAACAAGGGGCAAAGCACCUGUUCCGAUGGAGAAUUUGGACGCAAUGGUGGCUGAGAGUCUCAAGGAUGUUGACACGGAUGUUGAUAGUGAAGAUGAGAAUGAUCCAAAUCUCCUGAGUGAACUGGGAGAAAUCACAGGAGAGGAAAUUCCUGCAGCUUCAGCCAUUCCGGAACCACAGCAGGAGAUUUUCCUGCCAACAUCAACGGAGAUGAAUGUCCAGGAGAUCAUUAAGCAGCGCCUUGAGAUGUACACAAUUGCCGAGAGGAAUGCAAAAGAAGCUGGUGAUUCCGGGAAGGCAAGGAGAUUUGCACGUGGUCUCAAGACACUCAAAGAGCUCCAGAAAGCAGCUAGUUCUGGUAAGAAUAUCCCCAUGGAGGAUAUUCCACCGGAAGUGAGUAUAAAACCUGUUAAAAGUGCCGAGGAAGCAACUGGGAAUCCCGAAAGUCCCUCAGCUGCACCAUCUACGCCGUCUAGAGCUGCUCCAGCACCACCAGUAUCACCUCCAGCUGCCACGGAGGCCCCAAAAGUACCCCAACAAGCUAAUUCGUCCGCUCUUGCUGCACUCAAUGGGAGAAAAAAUGAAUACAAAGCUGCUGCAUUGGCAGCUAAGAAGUCCGGAGAUACCGCCAGUGCCCUCAAGUACGUUCGUAUUCUGAAGCAAUUUGACAUGGUGAUAAAAGCCGUUGAGGAAGGGCAGGAAGUUGAUCUUGCUGAGAUGCCACCGCAUCCAUCAGAAUUGGAUUUAUCCACAUUGGAUGCCCCAGGAGCUGUUGCAGCUCCGCCUCCGGAACCCCCCAAGCAAGAGGCGGAAACGCAAAAGGAACCCGAUGCAGCACCAGCGGAAGAGGGAUUAAUUGUAGCUGGGACAGUGGAAGAGGCUCUUCAGCAGCGUCUAGAUAAAUACAAAUCCGUGGAGAAGGCGGCAAAAGAUGAGGGAAAUUCCAGCAAAGCUCGAAGAUUUGGGAGGAUUGUUAAGCAGUACGAGGAUGCACUGAAGAUGCACAAGGCAGGGAAACCCGUGCCAUUUGAUGAGUUACCCACACCUCCGGGGUUUGGUCCCAUUCCUGUGAAUACUGAAGCUCCAGCGGCGGAGCCUGUAAAGCCAGCAGCAGCAGCAAAGUCACCUCCGGAAGAAAAGGAAGCAGCUGCCAAGCCAGCCCCACCACCACGUCCAAAGCUGAAGAAGCAGGAAUCAACGAGGAUUAGUGGGAAUUUAUUGAAUACUUCGGUGAUGGAUAAGCAGGUGGCUGAGUUGGAGAGGCGUCAGAAGGAGUUCAAGGAUGCUGCGAUUCAGGCAAAACGCGCCGGAGAGAUUGAACAAGCCAAGGAGUACCUCAAGAUCUUCAAGGGUUUCGAUAAGCUCCUUGAGACAGCUCGUGGGGGCUUACCCGUUGACAUGGCCACACUACCCAUUCCCCCCGGGAAGAGGGCAGCCCUUGAGGAUUCCUUUGCCUUUGUCACGGAGAGUGAUUGUCAAGAUAGCGAACUGGGGGAUCUCUUUAAGCGCCUCGAGGAGCAGCUACAGCAUCAACUGUCCAUGUGUCGUGUCACGCGGGAACAUCACAAGAAUAUGGGUGAUGUGGCGGGAACAAAUCGUUUUGAGAAUCUCGCCCUGACCGUACAGAAGGAUCUCGAUGUGAUACGUCUAGCGCACCGGAGGCAAUUGGAACUGCCCAAAUUCCACUAUGAACAGCGUAGCUUUAACAUUGUCAUGUGCAACACUGACCUGACGGACAAUGAGGUGGAGAUUACAGUGGUGCGCGGGAUUAAUUACAACGUACCCAAUCCCAAGGAUGUGGAUACAUAUGUGAAGCUGGAGUUUCCCUAUCCGCAGGAUGAGCACACAAAGAGUAAGACGCAACUCGUGAAGAACACCGAUAAUCCGGAAUAUGACUACAAGACCACUGUUGAGAUUGUCAGGAGUAACAAACAAUGCCAGAGGAUGUUCAAGAGGCACUCCUUGAAGCUGGAAGUUUACGCUGAUCGUUGCUGGGCGGGUUGUCACUGUCUGCCUCUUUGUUGUUUCAGUGGUUUCUUUCGGUCUGAUCAGCUACUUGGCACAGUGAAUAUCAAAUUGCAGCCUCUGGAGACUUCCUGUGAGAUUCAUGAUUCCUUCGAGCUCAUGGAUGGAAGGAAGAAGGCUGGUGGAAAGCUAGAAGUGCAUAUUCGCAUCCGAAAUCCAAUUCUCACGAAGGAAGUGAAGAAGAUUGAUGAGAAGUGGCUCGUAAUUGACGCGUAGAGGAAGUUUUUCUUUUACAAAAGUCACCAUUUUUUUUCCUUCUAAAACUCAAAAAAUUAAACACCUGGAUAUAAUCUUAUUAUAUUUUUCUGUAAGGAAAUUUGUUUAUUUUCUGUAUAAAUUCUGUGAAAUUAUUGAAUUUUUCUACUUUUGGGAAAUUCUGUAUAAAAGGAAAGAAGACAUGUAAUUCGUUAUUUUUCGUUUUUUUUUUUUCUUGUUCUCUUUCGCAAAAUUCAAAUGUAUGCUUCUCAAAGUGAAUGUAAAAUGUUCUUUUUGUGAUAAUUGUUGGAAGAGAAACUUUUAUCGAAUAAAUUAUUAUAUCUAAUAUA